UGUGCAAAGGGUGUCUGCCAGGGCAAAGGGUGUCCAUGCGCACCUGGGCAGGACUCCGCGGACGGACGAGAGUCUCUAUGCACCUGCGGCGGGGGAGCGGGGGUGGAAGCUCUGAGCCGGGGAAGUGAGGAAUUGUCAUUGUCAGUCCCGUCUGUGUGUGGGGGGCAUCCUACCCACUCCUGGGGCCUUCUGCCCACCAGAGUCCAGGCCAAGAGCCAGAUCAACCCCUUCCCAAACGCUUCCCUCCGUUCUCCUACCUCAUUAAUUUACUCACUCAUUUAGCUGUUCUCCAGACCUCUCAGGAGGUCUCCCUCUUUCAAAUGGCACCUGCUUCCCCAGAGGAACCAGCUUCACCUUUACUUACUCCCCAGCUUUGAAUUCCCCUUCCCUCUGCAGCCCAGAAUCUGGCUCAGUGCCUGGGGGGAGGGGUGGUGAUACAGUGCUCACUAACAAAGUGGGGGAGAGAGAACUUCAAGGAGGCUGCAGCAGGAGGGCGGGAGGGAUGUGUCUCUCCACAGGACCUCAGUGAGAAGUGCUGGGUGGUUGCCUGGUCCCGCAGAAGGCCAGGCUUGCAGCCGGCUGAGUUUUCCUUGCUCUGCCCAGGAGCCCGAUGCUCUCCCCAGGUGUGAGGGCUGGAGGAUGUCUCACAGCAGAAGCAGACUGUGCAUGUAGACAUGCAGAAUCGCACGCACAGAAUACAGUCAUGCACGUACACCCAAAACAUGAGCGCACGUGAUCUUACCUGUACACACACCCCACUAAUACGCACACACAAUUCACCCACAUGCUUGUGACCAGCACGUUCAUGUACCCUCACCCUGACAGGUCUGGCUGCAUUCAUUUAUUUUCGAUUAGCUCUCCAGGAGCCCGGGAUGUGGCUGGGCCAACCCUAACCCUCACCAUAACCCUGACCAGAAUAUUCAAGACUUGGUGGGGGGCGUGGGUGGAGCCUGUGGUCUGGCGGGAGUCCCCAUGUUUACCUCCAGGGACAGGUGCCUGAAUUGGGGCCCAAGACUCUGAGUGCUAAAAGCGCAGGGCAGCAGCCUGCACACAGGACGCACGCACAGACAAGUGUGCCUGCAACCGCAACACACGAGCUGCACACAACUAGGUAGGUGGCAGCUUUGCGCAGAAGCCAUCAGGCCCUGCCAGGUCAGGGCCGCUCCGACGGGCAGGGUGGGAGGCCGGGCUGGUUCAGAGAGGGAGGGGACCGUGGGUUCUCUUCACACAGGUCUCCUCGGGAAUGCAUCACGAGCACCCAGGAAGCAGGGACGCCCAAGGCUCAGUUUUGGGGUCCCCCAACGAUUGUCAGGGUAGUAUGCCCAGUCACCCCCUCGGACACGGCCGGGAGCUCCUGCGCACGCGCACGCCGCAUCGCCGCCCCGCGACCGCGACCGGAAGUCGUCAGAAGACGCGCGUCGGGACUUCCGCCCCGGGAGUCGAGGGUGGGCGGGCUUCGCGCGGACCGAGCUCUCUGCUUCCGGGGCGCCGGUGACGCGGCGGCCGCGACCGCUUCCUCGGGCGGGCCUCGGAAACCGGAGCCUGGGACGUCUCUGCGUCUUCGCCUCCGCCGCGGCCUGGUCCCUUCCCUUCCUAGCCUUGGUCGUCAUCGCCGCCAUGAACAAGAAGAAGAAGCCGUUCCUGGGCAUGCCCGCGCCUCUCGGCUACGUGCCGGGCCUGGGCCGGGGGGCCACUGGCUUUACCACUCGGUCAGACAUCGGGCCGGCGCGGGAUGCCAACGACCCUGUGGAUGAUCGCCAUGCACCGCCAGGCAAGAGAACCGUCGGGGACCAGAUGAAGAAAAAUCAGGCUGCUGACGAUGACGAUGAGGAUCUGAACGACACCAACUAUGACGAGUUCAACGGCUAUGCUGGAAGCCUCUUCUCAAGUGGGCCCUAUGAAAAAGAUGACGAGGAAGCAGAUGCUAUUUACGCAGCUCUGGAUAAAAGGAUGGAUGAAAGAAGAAAAGAAAGAAGGGAGCAAAGGGAGAAAGAAGAAAUUGAGAAAUACCGUAUGGAACGCCCCAAAAUCCAGCAGCAAUUCUCAGAUCUCAAAAGGAAGUUGGCGGAAGUCACAGAAGAAGAGUGGCUGAGCAUCCCUGAGGUUGGCGAUGCCAGAAACAAACGCCAGCGGAACCCACGCUAUGAGAAGCUGACCCCUGUUCCCGACAGUUUCUUUGCCAAACACUUACAGACUGGAGAGAACCAUACUUCAGUGGAUCCCCGACAAACUCAAUUCGGAGGUCUUAAUACACCCUACCCAGGUGGACUGAAUACUCCCUACCCAGGUGGAAUGACACCAGGAUUGAUGACACCUGGCACAGGUGAGCUGGACAUGAGGAAGAUUGGCCAGGCGAGGAACACCCUGAUGGACAUGAGGCUGAGCCAGGUGUCUGACUCGGUGAGCGGACAGACUGUAGUUGACCCCAAAGGCUAUCUGACGGAUUUAAAUUCUAUGAUCCCGACCCACGGAGGGGAUAUCAAUGAUAUCAAGAAGGCGAGACUGCUUCUCAAGUCUGUUCGGGAGACAAACCCUCAUCACCCGCCAGCUUGGAUUGCGUCAGCCCGCCUGGAAGAAGUCACUGGGAAGCUACAAGUAGCUCGAAACCUUAUCAUGAAGGGAACGGAGAUGUGCCCCAAGAGUGAAGACGUCUGGCUAGAAGCAGCCAGGUUGCAGCCCGGGGAUACGGCCAAGGCCGUGGUGGCCCAAGCUGUCCGUCAUCUCCCACAGUCUGUUAGGAUUUACAUUCGAGCAGCAGAGCUGGAAACAGACAUUCGAGCAAAGAAGCGGGUUCUUCGGAAAGCUCUUGAGCAUGUUCCAAACUCAGUUCGCUUAUGGAAAGCAGCUGUUGAGCUGGAAGAGCCUGAAGAUGCUAGGAUCAUGCUCAGCCGGGCUGUGGAGUGCUGCCCCACCAGCGUGGAGCUCUGGCUUGCUCUGGCGAGGCUGGAGACCUACGAAAAUGCCCGCAAAGUCUUGAACAAAGCGCGUGAGAACAUUCCCACAGACCGGCACAUCUGGAUCACGGCUGCCAAGCUGGAGGAAGCCAACGGGAACACGCAGAUGGUGGAGAAGAUCAUCGACCGAGCCAUCACCUCGCUGCGGGCCAACGGUGUGGAGAUCAACCGCGAGCAGUGGAUUCAGGAUGCCGAGGAGUGUGACAGGGCGGGGAGUGUAGCUACCUGCCAGGCGGUCAUGCGUGCUGUGAUUGGCAUUGGCAUUGAGGAGGAGGACCGGAAGCACACCUGGAUGGAAGAUGCUGACAGCUGUGUGGCCCACAAUGCCCUGGAGUGUGCGCGCGCCAUCUACGCCUAUGCCCUGCAAGUGUUCCCCAGCAAGAAGAGCGUGUGGCUGCGAGCUGCUUAUUUCGAGAAGAACCAUGGCACCAGGGAGUCCCUGGAAGCGCUGCUGCAGAGAGCUGUGGCCCACUGCCCCAAGGCGGAGGUGCUGUGGCUCAUGGGCGCCAAGUCCAAGUGGCUGGCAGGGGACGUGCCCGCCGCAAGGAGCAUCUUGGCUCUGGCCUUUCAGGCCAACCCUAACAGCGAGGAGAUCUGGCUGGCGGCCGUGAAGCUGGAGUCCGAGAACAACGAGUACGAGCGGGCCCGGAGGCUGCUGGCCAAGGCGCGGAGCAGUGCACCCACCGCCCGGGUGUUCAUGAAGUCCGUGAAGCUGGAGUGGGUGUUAGGAGGCAUCGCGGCUGCACAGGAGCUGUGCGAGGAGGCGCUGCGGCCCUACGAGGACUUCCCCAAGCUGUGGAUGAUGAAGGGGCAGAUCGAAGAGCAGGAGGGGCAGAUGGAGAGAGCCCGGGAAGCCUACAGCCAGGGGUUGAAGAAAUGUCCCCACUCCACACCCCUGUGGCUUUUGCUCUCCCGGCUGGAGGAGAAGAUUGGGCAGCUUACCCGGGCACGGGCCAUUUUGGAGAAGUCUCGUCUGAAGAACCCGAAGAAUCCGGGGCUGUGGCUGGAGUCUGUGCGGCUGGAGUACCGUGCGGGGCUGAAGAACAUCGCCAACACGCUCAUGGCCAAGGCGCUGCAGGAGUGCCCCAACUCUGGUAUCCUGUGGUCUGAAGCCAUCUUCCUUGAGGCAAGGCCCCAGAGGAAGACCAAGAGCGUGGACGCCCUGAAGAAGUGUGAGCACGACCCACACGUGCUCCUGGCUGUGGCCAAGCUGUUUUGGAGUGAGCGGAAGAUCACCAAGGCCCGGGAGUGGUUCCACCGCACUGUGAAGAUCGACUCAGACCUGGGGGACGCCUGGGCCUUCUUCUACAAGUUUGAGCUGCAGCACGGCACCGAGGAGCAGCAGGGGGAGGUGAGAAAGCGCUGCGAGAACGCGGAGCCUCGGCACGGGGAGCUGUGGUGCGCCGUGUCCAAGGACAUCGCCAACUGGCAGAGGAAGAUCGGGGAGAUCCUGGUGCUGGUGGCCGGCCGCAUCAAGAACACCUUCUGAUUGUCCAGUGUCUGUGGGCUGGGGCCUUGGAGCGGCACCUGGCAGAGACGGGGGAGGCCUCCAAGCUCCCUGUCCUCCUUCAUUAAAGAGCUUUUACGUAGCUGUCA